AGACCAAGAACCGUUCAGAAUGAUGUACCGUGUGCCUGGCCGUCCUCUCCUCACUAGACAUAGAUAGGACGUUUGGCCAGCCCAAAAUGGCCAUAGUCACCACCAAGAUUGCUAGCGGUAGCCACCAAGGCCCGGACGAACACGACUCAAUCUCAAUCGGGCCAUCUAGCAAUAGGAGUAGAAGUCACUCUCGGGGUUGGAGACUCAAGACCAAUCUCUCCGUGUCGGCUGAAUGUCGCCAAACAGGCUUGGUACUGAAGCUGGCCAGUACUCAGUAUGUUGUUGCCCUGGGACGCCUUCUGUGAUCUCGCACACCGCACCAGUACCAUCCUCAAAGCUUGUUGGACGGAGAAGAAGGGACCAAUCAAGUGGUGUGGUGCUUGCACGAACGAAUGAUCGAGUCUGGCAGAGUCCCCCGAAUAGUGUCGAUUCAGUUCGUUCUGAUCGCACUAGUUUUAAUACUAGUUUUUGCACCGGAGCUUGAGUGUCGAGGAGGUGGCCGUGGGGGUGGCGGUGGAAGGGGCGGAAGAGGUUCCUUUGGCCGAGGUCACAGACGUGGAGUUGGUCGACUAGGACACAACUUCAACAGGCAGCAUUCAUCACAAACUCAGGCCAGACCUAAACGCUCAGGUUGGAAUAUGUCGGGGAUUGGCCUUAUUUUCCUGUUGCUGGCUAUUGUAGCCGCUCUAUGUGGGCUUUAUUUCGUUGCCUGGUGCAUGUUCGGAGUCCAAAGGAAUCAUAAAGAAGGUCACUACAUCUUGGAAAGUGAGGAUGAGCGUCAUGAUGACUAUGGGAAAGGAAACCUAUAUGCUGGUUUGGAUAUGGUGGACGAAGCCAAGGAAUCAUCGUAUGUAAAAAAUUCCUUGGACCUUGACUCAAUUAACGAGAACAAGCCAACGGGCUCUCCCACCAACUCGCACGAUCAUCACGUGCCGUCUGCCCCUGAUGACGGGAAUUCUAGUCAAGAGGGCAACAAAGACGACCUCCCCCCUGUGUAACCUCGAGGGUUUGAUAUUGAAUCUCGAACAACAACGAUAACCAAGGUUGUUGGAACCAAGAUGCAAAAGUAUUGGGAAUAUGAUUUUGAAAAUGAAUGCAGGCAUAUUGCCCGCUCUCAUUCAAAGCGACAAUUUCAUUAUAUUUGCACAACAUUGAUGUAAAAAUUCGUGGGCAAUCUUAUACUAUACAUAGAAUAAUAAAACGAUGACAAAAUGA